AUGGCUACUCCUCCCGAUCCACGCAGAAGCCAACGUCUCCAGCAGCUUGGCGAGAAGCGCAAGGCUAGCAGUCCGAUGGCCGCUACGCCGAAGAAAACGAAGGCGGUGACAAAGCCUGCAGAGGAGACAAGUGAUGAUCCAGUUGCACAUUGGGCGGACACAGGGUGGUGGCCAAAGGACUUUUCCACCUCGACGUCGGAGCGUCCGUCAAGUCAUUCCUCAGCAACUGAGGAGCGACACAGUCUAAUGUCACGGUACUCCACGUAUGAAACAAAACUCGAGCAGAAAGGUAUCAUCUACGACGACAAUUACAAGGACGACAAUUACAAGUUGAUAUCCCAGGCUAGCAAGGGACUCAUCAAUGAGAUGUUCGAGGCUCACUAUGGCGACGACCCGCAGUUACUACCACGCUAUGAUGACGACCCGCAGUUACUACCAUGCCCUCGCGAGUUCUUCGAGCCCCUAUGGGGUCGGUUAUCGAGGUCGUGUAACUGGCCUCGUCUAUUCCGAUAUCUUACCCCUUUCGUUGUGCCUUCGGCAGAGCUCCUCUUUGUUGUCGGCGGUCAGCAACACCUAGAGCAUGUCGCGGAAGAAAUAUCUACUCGGUGGCAGAGAAACAUGCUUAUAGGAGGCCGAAUUCCUCGACCAACUAUGGCCAUCGGCCUCAAGAAAUCCGCCUUUACUACAGCAGAGGUUCACAAGUUAAAAUCCCUUAGCUCCAGCGAGAUGCAGACACGCUUCACGCGCAGGAUGUACUUUCCAUUUCUCAUCUGUGAAGUCGUCGGGUAUGGCCAACCCUCGUCUCAGGCUGAGCGGCGGUGUAUGAAGAGCAGCAGCAUGGCCGUUGAUGCCAUCAUCCAGCUACACCGUCGGGUACUAGGAGAUGACGAAGCAUCGAGACUGAGCGGCGAGGUCCUAGUCUUCUCGGUUGUUCACGAAUACGGAGGCAUCACGAUGUGCGGGCAUUUUGCUAUCAUUGAAGGAGCCAAAACUACAUUCCAUCGCUGUAGUGCCAGCCGCCUUCUGGGUCUGAUGGGCUUCCACGAUGAUUUCAACACUGGAAAGGAGUGUUAUGAUUUUAUUAGAAAGCUGUAUGACGAUUUCCUUCCUGCGCAUCUGAAGAGAAUCACAGACGUUCUGGCAAAGAUGAACGACCCUCGAGAAGCGUCGUCGGUUAUAUCACCUUGGAGAAGCGAGCUGGAUCCGUCAGAAAGGUCGAGAUCACCUUCGAGAAGCGACCAGGAUCAGCUAGAAUGGUUGGGAUCACCUUCGAGACGCGACCAGGAUCCAUCACAAGGGUCGAUAUUACCUUGGAGAAGCGAGCUGGAUCCGUCAGAAGUGUCGAGAUCACCAUCGAGAAGCGACCAGGAUCAGCUAGAAUGGUUGAGAUCGACUUCGAGACGCGACCAGGAUCCGUCAGAAGGGUCGAGAUCACCUACGAGAAGCGAACUGGAUCGGAUAGAAUGGUUGAGAUAA